AUGGCAAUCGCUGACUUCAGCUAUCUCCUUUCCGCCCCCUUCGUCUUUGCCACGCUCUUGCACGGCAUCAGCGAUGUAGGAUUUCUCGGCACAGCGCUGGUCACCAUACUGGUCAUCGCAAGCUUCCAAAGUGUGUACCUUCGUAAGGUCGAGAUCAGACUGCGUGGUUGUGAGAGAGAAAAGAAGUCCUUGAAAAAGCAACUGUCCGAACUCACCGUACGGAAAGAAUCCCGUGACUGUGAACUGGUGCACGAGUAUGAGCUGUUGCGCGAGGAGUGGAAACAGUUGAAUGAACGAAUUGCCGAGGAAGGCAUGCAAUUCGAAGAAGGCAAUGCAGCCCUGGAAGACGAAGUGAGUCCCAAACAGAAGCAGCUACCGCUGCUCAAAGAGUCCAGCAAUAUCAAGGCACGUGAGUUCAAGGAAACAAAAGGCGUCGUUGGUGUGGAAGUAGGAAGCUACUUCAUGGUCGAGGAUACCAGAAAAGCCGAAGCGUCCAAGACGAAUGGCGAGGUCACGGCUGAGUCUAGUAGCGAGGAGGACUCCGAUGAAGAAGACUAUGCCGACUCCUCAGACGACGAAAAGUUUGCCGUCAAUGCUGGUAAGGCCAAGGCGGCUACUGACACCAACGACGAGAUCUCCUCUGAUGAGUCCUCCGCCGUGUCCUCCGAUGAUGGCAGCGAAUCAGACCACAAAGCAGAGGCUGAAGACGACGACGGUGACUCCGAAUCCCAUGAAUCUGAGGUAUCUGUUGAAGGAGCCCAGCCGAGCGAGCCCUGCUCGCAGUUCACAAGCUUGUUCAGGACUCAUCCAUACUCGGACCGAUUCCUACAGGACGAAAAAGCGAUUGCACGACUUUUGAACAAGUACUACGCGGCGAAAGACAGUAUCAGGGCUUCUGGACCCAGCACGUCCGCGGAGCAAGAGGAGGCCCAGCAGAAUACGGCCCCGGUCUCGUUAGAGCUUCAGAAAGAGAAGAAGAGGUGUAUUGAAGCCUUGAGAAAUGCACAUAUGGAGCAGACUCUGCUUGGUGUAUUGACCACCGCCGCUGAACAAGAUCGCAACCAGCAAUUUGAGGACCAAGUAGAGAUUUUGGAAAGAGCACUCAAGAAGACAGUCACUGAGCUUGAUAACAGAAGGGAAAAUCUCUGCGAGGUGUUGCGGGCAGCAUUGUACGAAGGCCGGAAGCUUGGGAACGUCGCAAAUGCUUUGGAAGCCUACUUGAGAGCCACGAGUGAAUACAAUUUCGUGCUGACUUUCAAAAAUUUGUACUCCGAACCACAGCAUGAAAAAGCCUUACGCAACUUAAGAUCUGCGAGGGAAAGGUUGGAUGCUUCAUUCAACGAUUUGAGUGGAGAUAGUGUGCUCCGACUCUUCGAUGAGACCGACGUGACCUGGCUUCCUCGAACAGGAGCUGGUAUCGUUGCGUGGAUCCGCGAAGCCAAUGAUCGCGCUGAGCGGUGGUCAGGCAGCCAAGUUGAGUCCAAGAUGUUGCAAAUAAUACGUCUCCUACCGGUAGCUAGGCCUACUAGUUGUGAGGUGGCGGACCCCAUCCAUGAAGAACAUGGCCAUGCUCUGCAGAACAUUGAAGAUGGGAUCGACGACAUGCGCAACGUUAACGAUGGUGAGGGAGAUAUUUCCGCUGACCAGACACGAGAUGAUAUUGCGGUUGACGUUCAUGAUGGGAAUCCAGUAGAGGUCAAACAGGAGAGCGCUAAGACGAGGAAGCAGCGGGAGAAGCGCCAAGCAAAGCGACGAGCCGCAAGGGAAGCAAAAGCAGAAACAGAAAGACUGCAUCUGCAGACGCUAUCAUAG